GCGUUCACACAGUUUGUGGGAGGAGUUUGCGCGAGGCCGCCGGUGCCGUUUGGCUCUGCCCGGGGAACGAGCCUGGACCUGUGCGGCGCUUUCGUGGGCUGCAGCGGGGCUGUUGCAUCGCUUGAAAGUGCAGCUGCAGCAGCAGGCAGCGAGGAGGGUUCCCCAAAAGGGAUCCCCGCGCGCCUCCGCGCAGCCCCACCGGCGUGGUAUCCCCCCUCCGCCCCUCUUUGCGAGCCGUAUCUCCCGGGCACCUUUCUGGCGGCCCCAUGUCCAGUCUCCAGCGGCCUGUGGCCACUUCCACCCAGGCCCAGCCCGUCUCCUUGAGCGCGGAGCAAGCCAAAGUGGUCCUGGCGGAAGUGAUCAAGGCAUUUGGAGCACCGGAGAAUGCCCAGCGCCUUGAAGAGGCGAGGGAGAAUGCUGGCAAUGACAUGGGCAAAAUGUUACAGUUCCUGCUGCCCGUGGCCACGCAGAUCCAACAGGAUGUGAUCAAAGCCUACGGCUUCAGUAACGAUGGGGAAGGAGUUCUCAAAUUUGCCCGCUUGAUAAAGUCUUACGAAUCUCAGGACCUUGAGAUCGCCAGCAUGUCUGGGAAGCUGAAAUCCAUGUUCCUGCCUCCAAUGAUGCUGCCUCCCCAUGGAACUGGAGCAGGGGCUCUAGCUACGUCCUGAAACUCUCCAAAACUUUUCUGGUUCCUGUUACUGCCUUGGCAACCAUGUUAGUUACCUGGAAUUUGGGAUAUUCUUUCAGUGCCAUGAGAGAUUAAUUUUGAUUUCCUCGUACAGUGUUGGGUCUACCCUGUCUGUGAAUUUCUUUUGUGCAGGUCAAGGAAAAGCUUCUGUGCAAAUAUCUCUCAUCAUUUUUUGGCUCACUGAGUCUAUGCCAAAGUUCCCCAAAGUUGAAAACCAUUUUAGGGGCACGUAAGCUGGAAGAAAGAGAAGAUAUGCUAUGUUCUAAACAGACUUAUAUUGGGAACCUAAUAAAUGCUGAGACAUGCACACACACACACUUAUCCAUAUGUAUAUAAUUUUUAACUUAUGGGUAAUGACUGGAUGUUAUGGGGGAUGAGAAUUGCAAAGGUACUUUCUCUUAAUAUUGAAGGUUAGUGCCAUUUUAAUAAGUACACUGUAAAUUAAAAUGGAUUAUACCUUACUGUGAAAUCUUAAGGUGCCGCAAAACUCUUGUGUACCGUGACUGAGAUGCCCCCCCCCCCCCAAUCAGAAUUAUUUCCCCUACUUUUUAAUCAGUGAACGCAACGGAUUAAGGCUCUUUGUCUUAUUUUUAAUUUCUGUUGUCUAGAUUUGUAUGGCACUGGGUGGGGCUGUUCUUUGUGGGUCUUGAAGUGCUAGUUUGAAAUUAAUAAACCUGGUUUGUUGUAAUUAA